AUGGGUAAUUGGCAAGCUGAACAUGAUAAAGUGCUCAUACACUCAAGGAGACCAGCCUCUGUACGACACACCGCAACAUCUUCUCUCCAAUAUGAAAUCAAACUCAAAAUUGGUGUAGGGCACUUGGCGAACAACAAUCCUACCAUUGCAGACUUACUGGGUCAACAAGGUCCUAACCACCCUUCUUAUUCAUGGGGUAACCAUGCCAAUUAUUCAAGACACCCAAACAAGUCCAAGUCUGGUGUGGAAUUGUCAUUGGCAAACUCAGUCACCAAUCAGCAAACAGAUUGUGCCAAAAACCAGGUACCCACGAAAAUCACCCUGCCGAAGCCUGUCUUGCCAACCACUAAAAUCCCCCCCAGCGAACCUUGCCAAAAGACAAGGCCAAGACCAAGGCAGCUCGCGAACAAGUCUAGUCACCCUUGCCGAACGGCAAAGGCUGUGCCCGAUCUCCCUUGA